CGAAACCUUUCAUCCGGCACUCGGACUAUAGGACUUUCUUUUUUCCCACAUGCUUCUUUGACUUCGCUUCGCUUCGUUCGUACCGUAGACUUGCUAAAAAGCUCGACGUUUGAUAGUGUUUACGAGGUGGCGGCAUCGGGCUUCGCAGGGGUUGUUUCCUGUCAUGAUCGCGCAUUCCGGCCGGUGAAAGAAACUGGUACAACGGUCAAAGUUUGGUCAGAGCUACCGCUCCUCAAUUACAUCGACCCUGACGAAGAAUGGUCUCAUGACCGGGCUUUUUCCACCCCGAGCCCGAGCAAGUCACAAUCUGAACGAAGAAAGUCUCACAAGCCCUCCUCUCCCAAAGGUCGAACUCCAUUCCUAGCUGAAAGAACCUAUUCGAGAACAUCCUCAUCUGGGUCCAAUAUCCGAUUGGAGGAGAGAGUGGUACCGACAGAAUUUCAAAGAGGAUUUUGCUCGCUCCGCAGUAACGAACUGAUCAAGAUGUGGUGUCCAGUCCACAUUGGUACGGGAUUUGCGAUGCCAUCUGUAUGGUCUUGUGCUCUUUCCUCACAUUGGGAGUGCUGCCCUGGAACGCCUCGUCAUCUAUCUCAGCACGUUGCUCACAUUGCUUUGUCAAGGAAGCCGAGAUCGAUGUCGGAUGAGAAAAACGAUGGAAGAAGGAAGAGGGCGAUUGGCCGCACCGAGUCGAACCUACGAUGGUUGCGAAACGAUCUACCUACCUCUUCUUUUGGACUUGAGACAGAAAGCAAGUAUCCAACAAGGGAGACCUANGGACUUACAUGCUUGCUUGGCUUGGUUCGCUUUCAGAUUGAACAGACUGACGCUUUAGAGCGUGCGACCUUCUUUGCUUUGGUUCUUGGAGCAGUAGGGCAUAGCAAUAGAGCCUACUCUAUAGAAGCCACACCAACCCUAAUCUAUCGCAUUGGAGCAGCCACUAGGCUAACUACUUAUUUAAAUAAAGCUAGUGAAUCUGGGGAGCAGGCCGGUGAGGAGUUGGAUUACCCGUUCUGCACGCUUUUCGGCUAUCCAUAUACCAUCCAUCAUAGAGAUCCUUUGAUCAACCCUUUCUGA